GAGGCCAUGUACAUCAUGGAGCUGACUGAUGGCCGGGUUGUCUUCAACCGCGACGAGGAAAGGAGCUGUCUGCAGGUUGUGCAGCUGGCAGGGCGCUGUCAGCAGGCAGUAGUGGCGGCCUGCUUGCGAGGCCAGACAACUCUGUUGCGGAUGCUUCUGGAACGUGGAGCGGACGCGGCGCAGCAAAACCUCUACGGCGAAACCGCGCUGCAUGUGGCCACAAGGGCUGGUGAGGAGGCGCAGUUGUCAUCAUCUCAGCCUCAGAGCGAAGAUGAGGCAGCGUCGCUGCUGCUGCAGCACGGCGCAUGGCCCCGAGAGCCUCGGAAGCGAGAGGUGUUGGAGCUCGCAGAGGCCCACCGGAUGCAAGCUGUCAUCGUGGCAGCAGGAGUUUCGGCCGACUACACUGAGAACAUCCUGGAUCGACAGCUGCCACAAUAUCAAGAGGUUCUGGAGGUGCUCUCAAAGGCCUCGACCAAGGCGGAUCAAGAUUUCACCUUUUCUGGAAUUGCGGAUCUCGUGGGCACAGCCUCACAGCCCAGGCCCACUGCAGCUGGUGGAAAAGUUCCAGCGGAAGUCGAGCGACCGACUUGGGGACCUCCAGCGACGGUAGCGGAGGUUCGGCGGGAGCGCCUGGAGCUGCAUGGAGAUUUGGUCAAGGCGGUGCGCAAGGGCGACCUUGCGGCUGUGGCAUCCUUGGUGCAGCGCGGAGCCCAGCUGGAUUUGAGCUUCAACCUGGGCUACGGCGAGACAGGUAACUGUGUGGACUGGGCGGCGUGCUGCCAGCAACCAGCGUCCGCUUUGAAACUCCUGGAGUUGGCAGAUGCACAGGGCCUGGGUGAGGCCUUGGCAGGCCAGGCUCGAGCCGCACUUUUCUGGUCCAUCGUCCAUGGCUAUGCGGAGGUUCUGGAAG